AUGGCCAUUGGAGGAAUUCAGAUGGGCCUUCGGGCCUGGCAGUUCAUAUGGACUCUGCUGGUCAUGGCCCUCAUCGGUAACAUGAUCAACCAGGCCUUCGCCGGCAACCCUGCGACGGUGAACUACGCCAUGUUCACCUCUGCAUUCUCCAUGUUCACCCUCUUCUACCUCGUUCCGGCAUCCUUUAACACAGACUGGUCGGGCCACCCCAUCCUCCUUAUCGUCCUGGACACCCUCAACGCCAUUUUCUUCCUUACCUCUGGUAUCGCCUUGGCUGCCAGAUUGGAGUGCCACGACUGCUCCAACGAUGAAUACACCCUCAACAACGAAGUUACCAACGGCGCCGAAGGCCGCACGAAGCGUUGCCGCGAGGCGCAGGCUUCCGUGGCAUUUCUCUGGUUUGCCUGGGCUGGGUACACCGCGUCCAUGGUCCUUUCUUUCAUCCAGUGGCGCCAGUCUGGUGGUUCUCGCCAGCGUCCCCGUACUGGUCCUUCUCGUCCCAGCCGUCCUAGCAUGGCUCAGGUUUAG